CUAAACGAGCAAAAACUUUACUUCUCUACAGCAUGCCACAGAAAGAUUUCCGGAGCCAAACAAGCUGGGAGACUGGUGUGGCCUCCAUGAUGCAAAACAGUCACAGUGGAAUAAACCAGCUGGGAGGCGUGUUUGUGAACGGGAGACCUUUACCUGAUUCUACCAGGCAGAAGAUAGUGGAGCUGGCACACAGUGGAGCUCGACCUUGUGACAUAUCCAGAAUACUGCAGGUGUCGAACGGCUGUGUCAGUAAGAUCCUGGGCCGGUAUUACGAGACGGGUUCGAUCCGUCCCCGGGCCAUAGGAGGGAGUAAACCCAGGGUGGCCACGUCGGAGGUGGUGGGGAAGAUCGCUCAGUACAAGAGGGAGUGUCCGUCCAUUUUCGCCUGGGAGAUCAGAGACCGACUGCUGGCAGAGGGAGUCUGCACCAACGACAACAUCCCCAGUGUCUCAUCAAUAAAUCGAGUGCUCCGGAACCUCGUCAGCGAUAAGCAGCAAAUGGGCACCGUGGGAGCCGAGGGGAUGUUUGACAAGCUCAAGAUGCUCAAUGGACAAACCACCUGGGGGGGGCGCUCAGGGUGGUACGCUGGGACGACACUCCCCACCACUGAGUGUCCGCAGGCCGAGGCCAGGGAGAACACCAUCUCAGUCGGUUCCACCGGUGAAGACUCAGAGGAGACUCAGAUGAGGCUUCAGCUGAAGAGGAAGCUACAGAGGAACAGGACGUCAUUCACUCAGGACCAGAUAGAAGCGCUGGAGAAAGAAUUUGAAAGGACUCACUAUCCGGACGUGUUUGCCAGAGAACGCCUUGCCAACAAAAUAGACCUCCCAGAGGCAAGAAUACAGGUUUGGUUUUCCAACCGACGAGCAAAGUGGAGAAGAGAGGAGAAGCUCAGAAACCAACGGCGUCAAGUGUCCAACUCCUCCAACCACAUUCCCAUCAGCAGCAGCUUCAACACCAGUGUUUACCAGCCAAUACCGCAACCCACCACACCAGUGUCCUUCUCAUCAGGAUCCAUGUUGGGAAGGUCCGAUCCAGUUCUGUCCAACAGCUACAGCCUACCAGCCAUGCCAAGCUUCAGUAUGGCUGCCAGCCUGCCUAUGCAAGCAUCCAGCCAGGCCUCUUAUUCCUGCAUGCUGCCCACCAGCCCCGCUGUAAAUGGAAGAAGUUAUGAAACAUACACUCCUCCACACAUGCAGCCACACAUCAACAGCCAAUCGAUGACGUCCUCUGCAACGUCGUCAACAGGUCUGAUUUCCCCUGGUGUCUCAGUUCCGGUCCAAGUUCCAGGAAAUGAAGCGGACAUGUCACAGUACUGGCCACGCCUGCAGUGAUGUCAUUUCCCCUCGGCAAUGGUUGGGUGACUGCUGCAACAAGACUGUCUGGACAUCAGAGCAUGACCUACCCGACUCUACAGCUCGAAUGUGAAGAAGGACCUCAAGCAGAACAUGAAGGAAUUACUCUCAUUGAUGUUUGCGAGAACAUUUUCAAACCAAAUUCUGGAGACAAGCAGGACAGAAGUACUCUUCCAAAUGAAGGAAUUAAAAAAAACCUACAAAGCCGGUGCAAGUUCAAGCGACUGUACGACCGGAUCCACGUUUCUCGGGGAGAUCGGUCGCCACGUAUUCCCCAGCUGCCAUUCACAGUUCGGUUGUUGAGGACACAGGACGAAGAGCUCCAGCCCGAGCUGCACUCAGGGCGCUCAGGAAGGCGCCCAUCCUUCGUUCACGCUAAACUCCAAACAGGAAUAAACUGCUCCGUGUCCAUUUGGAAAAUUCUGUGGGAAGACAUAUUACCUCCGCUUUAUGUUCCUAAUUUAUAUCACAUUGGUGUAUUUGUAGCAACACAAAAAAACUAAAACAAAAAGACGUUGACUGAAGGGAGGAGCUCCGGCCUGGAAUGUGUAUAGAAUUUCAGAAUGUGCAUUCUGGUGAUAUGUGUUUGGUAUUGUAAAAAAAAAAAGAUCUGGAUGUAAUCUGGUAAACAGGCAUGGACUCUGAUUUUGAAUUUAUAAAAUGAUCUCAGUUUGUUUUAAUUCCAAAGCUCUUAUAUCCAUACACUCUACAGAAACUAUUCAAGGCUGGAGGCGGAGCGAACACUCUGCUAAUUCAUAACAAGUGAAAAUUAGAACGUGCCUGGGAUGUAAAUCUGUUUCAGAUUUUAAAGUGUAAAGUAUUUGUCUUCUCCAGUGAUCUGGGAGGGUUUCCACAAUAAAGU